AGGAUUUGGGUAUCUCCUAACUGAGGAGAGUCAAAAUACUGAUUGCAAGUGAACCCUCCUCAAUCAGCCUGUUGGAUGUCUCUGAGAACAUAAGAAGUCAUGGCAGAAAAUGGUGCAAUGCCAACCUUACCAAAAAAGUGUGGCCCAUACAUUUCAUCUGUAACCAGUCGUGGCAUGAAUUUGGUAAUUCGUGGUAUAGUGCUGUUUUUUAUUGGCGUGUUUCUUGCAUUAGUAUUAAACUUGCUUCAGAUCCAGAGAAACGUUACUCUCUUCCCCCCUGAUGUGAUCACAAGCAUCUUCUCCUCAGCUUGGUGGGUACCACCUUGCUGUGGCACAGCAUCAGCUGUGAUUGGGUUAUUGUACCCAUGCAUGGACAGACAUCUGGGAGAGCCACAUAAAUUUAAGAGAGAAUGGUCCAGUGUAAUGCGAUGUGUAGCAGUCUUUGUGGGAAUAAAUCAUGCCAGCGCUAAAGUGGAUUUUGCCAACAAUAUCCAGUUGUCUCUCACACUAGCAGCCCUGUCAAUUGGACUGUGGUGGACGUUUGAUAGAUCACGAAGUGGCUUUGGUCUUGGAGUAGGAAUUGCUUUCCUGGCCACACUGGUGUCACAACUUCUGGUCUACAAUGGAGUUUAUCAAUACACGUCUCCAGAUUUCCUCUAUGUUCGUUCCUGGUUGCCAUGUAUAUUUUUUGCUGGUGGAAUAACUAUGGGCAAUAUUGGCAGGCAGCUGGCAAUGUAUGAAUGUAAAGUCAUUGCAGAGAAGUCUCAUGAGGACUGAGGGGAAACAAUGUGCACCUUUAAAGCAGGAAAAUAUCUGACAAAUGACUGUUGGAGGAGCAUAAGGAACACUUGACUAUGAAAUUGCCAAAAAUGCAAUUUUUUUCCCUUGAGUGGUAUACUUUACUGCAAUCUGUGAUUGCUGCUUCUAUAGAAACUUUGAUGUCUGAUUUUGAUUACUGUGAAGUUACAAUAGUAUGCAAUACAUAUGACAACAUUGGUUCAAUUAUAGGAUUCUUUUUUUAAAUCCAGACAGUUUACCAUAAAUUCUUGUCUGUCCAUAACGUUGCAGUGCCAAACUGAACCUUUGCACUACAUUUCUGUAGCUGAAACUUCUUGCUUCACUUUAUCUUGAAAGUUUUGAGGAAUUUGUUCUUAAUAGCUCAGUAAAAGACAAAGGAUUCAAAUUUAGGAAUGAAGAUCAUCUCUUCACAUGAUGAUAGCCCAUAAUAUCUUUAUGAAAUUCAUGGCUUACAGGUGAGCUUUGAUGCAAUAAGUAACUGUUUUUUGCCUAUUAA